CACCCCUGUAAUUUUAUUUCGCAGCAGCGCCUAAUUACUGUUAUUUAAUGUAAACGUAUAGAUUUCAUGUGCUCUUUUUAUUAGACAUCAUUUCCCCUCCCUGCGCGUGGUGAAAACCCCUUUUUUUUGAAAGUACUCCCAAAAAGUACUUUUGCUGACAGCCUAGUAACUCGUGUACUUAUUUAUUUUCGACUGUUGUUGCACUUAUUUUCUAUUUUAUAGGGAAAUGCACUUAUCAUCUAACAUUUAGUAAUUAAAUUUAUAUUUUAGCUUUAACUGUGUGGCUGUAAUUUUAGUUUUAUUCGUCUCCCCUACAUAGGGGUGAAGCGGGACAGAGAAAAAAGUCGCUGUUCCGCUUCUUCUUAACAGUUUUGCGUUAUUUUAAUGCGGAAAUUUCUAGAACAUUUUAGCUACGAUUUUUUAUAGUUUUCAAAAUAAAAAUAUUGAUACGUUUAAUUGAAAUAUUUAGUUUUAGUUUUAGUUCUUAUACAGUUGAUUUAAAACAAAAUUUGUAAAGAGAGAUCUUUAUUAAAGAUAAAUUUGAUUUGAUUCAUCAUUAUUGUUUGGAGCAAAUUCAGAGGUCUUUUUACAUCGAUAAUUUAAAAAAAUUUGGAAAGCAAAAGGCAUGCAUAAAAGUUUUUGUAAUCUUAAAUACAAUUAUAAUUUCGUAAUAGUCUGAUAAAAGAUAUAGUAUUAACAGUAACCUUAAUACCAUUAAAUAUAAAUAUUUUUUUAAACAAACCUAAUUUCUUUUAAAUUUCAGGUCAUGCCUAGAGUUUAUAAAAGGAAAAGUGAAACUCCACAUGUUUCAGAAAACAUUUUGAAGGUUGCUGUAGCUGAAGUGGAAAAUGGGAUGAGCCUUAGAGAAGCAGCAUGUUCAGCUGGCAUUUCUACGUCUGCACUUCAUAGGUGUAUUAAAAAAAAGUGUCAAUACCCAGCUGCUAAUCUUCAACCAAGUUAUCAACAUUCUAUGAUUUUCUCUGUUGCACAAGAAGAAACACUGAGCACUUAUCUAAAGACAUGUUCUGAUAUGUUAUAUGGUCUUACACCAGUUCAAGUAUGAGCUCUAGCUUUUGAAAUGGCUCAAGCAAACAAAAUAAAAUGUCCCAUGCGUUGGAUAGAGCAAAAAAAGGCUGGUCGAGAUUGGUUAACAGGGUUUUUAAAAAGAAACCCAAAACUAUCUGUUAGAAAACCAGACGCAACUUCAAUGGCAAGAGCAUCAGCAUUUAAUCGGUAUACUAUUGAUAUUUUCUUUAACAAAUUACAAGAACUCUGAUAUACCAGAGUCUAAAGCAACAUAGUUUAAAAUAUUUAAUCUUGAUGAGACAGGUUUUACUACUGUACAAAAAACUCCUCGUGUCAUUGCAUCAAAGGGAACAAAGCAAGUGGGGCAAAUAACAUCUAGAGAAAGAGGUGAAUUAGUAACAGUGUGUUGCAUUGUCUCUGCAGCUGGUGUAGCAAUACCCCCUGUUAUUGUUUUUCCAAGAAAAUUAUUUAGAAACCCACUAGUGAGAGGAGCACCAUAAGGUUCUAUUGGAUUAGCCAAUCAAUCUGGAUGGAUGAAUGCUGAAAUAUUUAUUGAUGUUUUAAAGCAUUUUGUUAAGUUUGCUUGUCCAACAGCCGAUCACAAAGUUUUAUUGAUUAUGGAUAAUCAUGAAAGCCACCUUUCAUUACAGUCACUUGAAUAUGCAAAAGAGAACCAUGUUUAUAUGAUGACUUUGCCACCACAUAUUUCACAUAAGACACAACCUUUAGAUAAGUCUGUUUUUGGCCCAAUGAAAACAUAUUUUAAUGCAGCUGCCAAUAGCUGGAUGCUUAGCAAUCUAGGAAAAUCCAUUACAAUUUAUGAGAUGGCCAGUCUCAUUCGACAAGCAUGGGAAAAAUCUUCCACACCAUCAAAUAUUAUGUCAGGAUUUCGCGUGACCGGAAUUUGGCCUUAUGAUAGACAUAUAUAUGGGGAUAAUAUUUUUUUACCAUCAGUUGUAACAGAUAGAGAUGUGCCUCAAGAAUCAUACAGUGAAGGCUCAUGUGAGAAAUUGAUUACAACUGCUACUCCUUCAGAUAUCUCAGGUUUGGAUGCGCAACAUGAAGCAGUAAAAGAAAACUUAACUGUAUUUUCUCCUGAGAUUGUACGAGGUUAUCCUAAGGCACCUUCUCGUAAGAUUUUAAGGCGUGGACAUAAAAAGGGAAAGUGUAUGAUAGCCACAUCAACACCAGAGAUUUUAAGAAUAAAAGAUGAAAUAUUAAAUAAAAAAAAAGGUAAAAAAAUUGUCUUUCUACAAUCCAAAAAUGUGAGGAAAAACAUGUUAUGCAAAUCGAACAGUGACCUUGAUGUAGAUUUCAACAAAAUAACAAAUGAAGUUUUUGCUUAUUGUUACUCGCUAGAAUUUGAAGAAGAAUUGGAAACUGUUUCUUUAAGCACUAUUCAAAAUGUGAGUGUCAAUGAUUAUGUUCUUUGCGAGAUUUGUAGUAAAAACACCAUUUCUUAUUAUGUAGGCAUAGUGCAGAAAGAAAUAGACACAAAUUUUAAUGUAGAGGUCAGCUUCCUGAAAUGCCGGAAUAAAAAAACUUCUAAAUUUGUCAAACCUAGAAUUAAUGACAUUCGUAGUGUCAAUAUUAAUGAUAUAAAAGCAGUCCUGCCUCAACCGCUUGCUGGAACAACAUCAAGAACAAAAGCUGAAAUCGUUUUUCAAGUGAACUUUGGCAUCUUAAAUGUAAAAUAACUUUUUUCUUUUUUCAACAUAUAAAUUUUAAUUCUUUAAA